CCUCCCACAUCGGACAAUGGAACUCUGAGCAGGGAAGACCGCGGGUUAGGGAGUGGGCAUCUCGGCAGCAACACUUGAGAUCGGUCAAUGCCAUCCGCAAAAGAAACAUGGAUGAAUGACCAGCUACGGGGAACUAGUGAUGUUGCUGUAAGAAUGCCACCCCAGUACACUUCUCGCUUCUUCUCACUUUUUCUGGUCUUCUGCAACGUUUUGGGGACACUAGCGAAAUCCCUACCGGACCAGACAGCAGUUGAGGUGUCAGUCAAAGUUCAGGUCUUCGAUAACAGUGACCUAUCUCCCUUGGUGGACGCUGAUGUGCAAGUGUACGGAAACCAGUCGGUGCUGGCGUCCAGCAAGGCGGGCAAAGAUGGGAUGGUCACCGUCAGAUUCCUCUACCGCCCUGGCACCUGGGUCAUCGUGACGGCCUCGAAGCGCGGCUUCAUCACCAACUCAGCCCCUUGGCAUGCUAGUCGAAUACCCUUGUAUGCUUCAGUCAGCCUGUACCUUCUGCCUCAGAAGCCCGCCACACUCAUCCUGUAUGAUGACAUGGUUCAGCUGUUGCUCGGAUCCCCAGGGGCAAAGAAUCAGCCGUGGGUGCAACUCCAACGGAGAGCGAUCCGUGCCGGACUCAACACGUCCGAUCUGGCCCUCUCUGCUGUGUUGACCGCCGCCAGGAGCCAGUAUGAGAUCGGGGGCUUCCCCUAUCCUCUUGGCCUGGAGAACAAUGGCACAGGGCCCAACAGUAGCUGGGUGGAGCUGACGGCAGUGGCGGCGGUGUGUGCCCUCCUCUCGGCCCAGAACGGCAGCACCAUCCCCGUCUCUGACCCCAUCCACUUCUCCAUCCCCCUGCCCUCUGACUCGCCCCUCAAGAUGGCCACCAGCGUGCCUGUCUGGCGCUUCGACGAGCGCACAGCCCUCUGGGUGCGGAGUGGAGCAGGCUACAUUAGGAAAGAUGGCUCCCACAUCAUCUGGAGCUUUGUGGCUCCUCAGCUGGGAUAUUGGCUGGCAGCAUUCCCAUCCUCAACAGGCACCGCUCUGAACCCCUCUGGCCUGCGUGACAUCACCACCUACCACACCAUCUUCCUGCUGGCUAUCCUGGGCUCCAUGGCCCUCCUGGUCCUCAUCCUCCUGUGUGUUCUCCUCUACUACUGCAGGAGGAGGUGCCUAAAGCCGCGUGCUCCGCACCGCAAACGGCACCUGUCGUCGGCUCUGGACAGCUCCAAGCGGGACCAGUGCACCUCCACCUCCCAGCUGCACCUCAUCAGCAGCGGUCACCUGGAGACCGCCUCCUGCAUGGGCGACGGCGACGCCGUCAAGUCCGACAUCUCGUCCACGCGUGACCUGCACAGCUCACGCGAAGAGUUCUUCCGAAACGCUCCGACGUCUGCCUCCGCCGCACAAAAGCUGCGCCACUCGAAGGUGAACUCGGACACGCUCACGCGCCGUGGUGGAGGAGGAGGUGAUAGGGAGAGCUUCCAGUUGAAGGUGAGCUCCUCCACUAACACCACCAGUAACCUGGACCCACUUUUGCUUCGCGACGACUGCAGCGGCCGCUACAGUUCAGGGGAUGAUGGCAGCCACCACCACCACCACCACAACGCCAAGGACAACCAGGGCUACACCUCUGACCCCCCCUCGCCUCCCCCUCUCCUGCCCCCCUUUGCGGGACACUACCAGGAGGGCAAGCCCCCAGAAUACUCGGCCUCGCAGCCCCCGGUGGGCAACACCCAGGGCCAGCUGGUGUUCUGCCACUCCAUGGAGCAGAUGACCGAGAGCAUGUACCGGAGCGUAGUGCCCACGCUGGUCAUCCCGGCCCACUACGUGCAGCUGUCCUCCGACCUGUCGGCCAUCGAGCAGGCCAUGGAGCGCCAGCAGCAGCUGCAGCAUGACAUGGAGGGCAUCCAGGUCAGCAUGACCCUCCCGCGGCCAGGACAGGGUCAGAAGCAACAGCAGCAGCAGCAGGACAACCAGAGCCAGCAGUCGCAGCCGAGGAGAGAGGAGGACGGUACUGGGGACCAGGCACCGGGCGAGAGUCAUGAUGACGGCCGGAAGGACUGGGCGCCGGACCCCUCCUCGGGUCCUGUCCGCAUCCCGGUGCUGUUCAACGACUCCACCAUGGCGCAGAUGAACGGCGAGCUGCAGUCGCUGACCGAGAAGAAGUUGCUGGAACUGGGGGUCAAGCCGCACCCGCGCGCCUGGUUCGUCUCGCUGGACGGCCGCGCCAACUCGCUCGUGCGCCACUCGUACAUCGAGCUGGGCGGCGAGGCCACAGCGGGGCGCCUGCCCAUCAUCACCACCACGGGGAUGGAGCCCGAGCCAACCCGCCGGCCCAACUCGCGCUCCGGCAUUCCACAGCUGAAACACGGGCUGGGCGAGCGGGACGCGCGGAAGGCCAAGGACGCCGUCCCGGAGCAGCGCAAGCUACACGGCAAGUCUUACUCAAAGCUCCCGGUGAUCGAGCUGCCCGAGCCACCGGACGGCAGCGACGGCAGUGAGAGCCACCAGGGGGCGAUCUACUCUCCUGAGGACGGCUCCACGGCACCACUGCUGAACGAGGACGUGCCAUCACUCACCCGGGGGGACACCUUCCCGCGCCGCAACCGCAGCCGCGACAACAGUGCCCGGAGCAGCACCAGCACCGAUGUCCGCAGGGACUCGGCGACCAGCCCCGAUGACGAUGGAGAGCAUUACGCUGAUGACAAAGACGACGACGGAGAGAACAAGAAGAGCCCUUGGCAGAAGCGCGAGGAGAGGCCACUCAUGGUGUUCAAAUAGGAGGGAAGGAUGGGGGGGGGGGGGCCUGGACCGGAUGUGCACCUCACAAUCACAAUGUGACCCCCACAAACAAAGACAGUCGCACUGUGAGACAGAAAAACUGUGAAGCAUGACAGGACGAAAAAAAGCUAAAGCCACACAUUUCUUUUAGAAAAAACAAAAAGCACAACUGUGACUAGAUCACCAAGAAAAGUCUGGGUUGCUGCUGAGCCUAGUUAGCAGUUAGCCAUCACCGCUUUGGUGACUUUCGGCCAAGUCUGUCUGCAUUAUGUGGUGUUGUAAGCCAUUACUCAGUGAGUUUCUGGUUGGAGCUCAAACCCACUUCGAAGAUCCUCAGAGGAGAGCUCUUUAUUCCUGGCGGAGGAACCGGUUGACUGGUCAGACAUUCCCAGGGCAGCAAGUGGGUUAUUAAGCUAAAUCAGAUCUCCGGUGUUCAGCUGGCUAACUCAACCACCAAUGCUGGGUUCUCUUUAUACUUUUCUCACCUUCAAGUCUUUCCUGUGGUAACCUUGGAAACCUCUUUCCUCUUACUUUCCUUAAGACUUCUCUGUUUCAAGAGAUGCCUGUUUGGAUGAGGAGCCAUUUUCUUCUGUCGCGCGUUCAGGAAGAGAACCAAUGGCCUUACAGAACCUGUGGGUACCAAUGGCGAGCAAUCCUUUUUUUGUCCUCUGUGGGCUCCCGUAGACUUAUGACCCAAUGUGUUAAUAUCAAAGGAAUUUAUCAUUUUUAUUUGUUUUAUUGUUCUUUAUAAGUAGACUUGUGUUUGUUUUUUUAAAUAAAUGGGUCCCUUUUGAAAAUGUUUUUACUUGCACAAUAUAUGACUGAAUGGACCCAUGGGGUUUUGUUGGAUGUGAAGUAGGUCUGGACUUAAUGACCAUUUCUCUAUAGAAUGUGCACCGGGGCACUGGCUGACAUCAGGCAUGACCACAGGUGUCUGGGAACGAUGAAUAGUGACACUGCAUCUUGACAUUUCACCGGGGCUGUUUUUAUCUAAUGGCCUUAGAAUAUCUUUGGGAUAGUUCACUAAAGCUUGGUCAAUAUCGCAAAGGGAAACGUGUUUUUUUGCUGACUAAUUUUGUUCGUUGACAAAAUGUGUUUUGUUUUCUAACCUGUGGAUAACUAUACUUGCAUAAUUAACAUUUUGUUGAAGGUGUUACAGGAGGAAUUGUUUGCUGUGUCUUGCAUGAUGAACAGAACCAUCAGAAGCAUUUUAUGUGUGUUAUUAAAACAGUAAUAAAAUGUGUAUUUGCUUCCACUUAACACCUAGUUAUUAGCCUAGGCACAUUUGCAGCACUCAUAAGAUUUAUGAGUUUUCAUCAUAAAAGAAAUCAUCUAGAAUUAUAUGAUGCAAGUUACUCCAUUUGUUUUCAUUAAUUAAAAAUACUGUAAGUUAUUAAACACCCUUUGGCAGAUAUUCUGAAUGAUCAUUACACAAAAUGAAUUGAAGUUGUUUUUUUAUACUGUAAUGCUCUUCUAAAGUUGGUGGUUUUGAUCUACUGCCAUGACGUAGGUGGAGGCCAUCAGAAGCCAUCAGAGUUUAGUGUUUGUGCACAUCAUUGAGUGUUCUUUUUGCAACAGUUUUCUCAAAUGCAUUUACACAGACAUGUAAAGACACGGACACAGUUUUGCCAUCAAGAUGUGGUGUGACAAAGCAAAGUCUCUUAGCCAGUUUCAUUUAUGAAAUCACAACCAUUGCCUCUAUUUUUAUUCGAAUCAGGGGAACAUUUUACUUUGUCAAAAUGACAUUUGGAAGGUUUCUUACAUUUCCCUUCCUAGACACAGGCCUUACCCCACAAGCUACCAUAUGUUACUUGCUCCAUUUAGUUUUGUGUGAAGUUGGACCAUGGUCUAUCAGAGGUAUUGAGCAGAGAUGGUUCGCCAACACCACUGCAUGAAAUAAGGAUCUGCAGAUAGGAGUUUAAUAAUACCAACUAUGGCCACCUCAAUUAAAAAAAAAACAACUAAUUAUGCCUCUCGCUUUUCCUCUGUCAUAUACACGCGCACAGGGACGCACACACAUACAAUAUCUUACUCUCUCUCUUGCUUUUUUCUUCUCAUUAUUCCAUCUGAAAACAUCUUUACCACAAGUGUAAAGUGCCUAGAGUUUUGAACAAAUAUCUGUUGUUUUGUACACACACAUACACACACACGACUUUUGGGAGAAGUAGUAAAUUGUAAAUGUCUUCAUAGCCAUGUUGCAGGGUAGUACUCUCAGACUAUUAAACAACAGUUAAAGCAGGGAUCCACAGCUUUAUGGUUCUGUUUUCCAAUUUGGGCAAAACUAAACAUUACACUGUGUGUGUUUGUGUGUGUGUGUGUGUGUGUGUCAGACAGAGAGAAGGAGAGCAGGCUUACAUCAAUAUUUCGCCGGACUGCACAAGUUAGUGGUGAACUAAAAUUAAUGAAUGCUUUGUGUGUGUCACUCCUGAUUGGACAGUCUGGUUUGGAGAGGUCUGGUCCUCUGGUGGGGUAAAUGAAGGUGAUCACUCACACGGCAUCAGUAUGGAGGAGAAUAAAAAGGUUGCGCAUGCAGCCGUUUAUCACAUGUUGACAAUCAAGACGGCUACUCCAUCUUCUGACCGGCAGCUUUAGACAUCAAAGGCUGUAAGUGAGGACAGGGGUCACUUAGUCAAAACUCUGAUCUCUAAAUGCUUUGGAGACUCAGUGUAAUACAGAGGAUUCUACUGUCAGAUAUUAGACCUCAACUUAAUUUUAUGGCAAAAAAGUUUAACUGCCGCCUUAUCUGGUCUAUUGAAAUAAAAACGUCUGUCUGUGGAAAGUCUUCAGCAUUAACAUGUUGGACAUUUUACAUGCAGUAUAUUGCAUUUGUAUUCAUCCUGUCUGGCUGAGCCACUUAUACCACCAGUACCUACUUGUGCCAUGUGGAGAGAACAGGUUUCUGGAUAAUGUUUUUGGUUGUCACAGUUUUGGUUCUGGCAUGCAGUGGAAGCCAAUGCUUGCAAAACUAGUUUUAUUCAUAAAAAACUAGGGUUACUACAAUAAAUGCAAAAAAAAACACAGAACUUUUUUUUGUUUUCUAUUCUCCAUCAUGAUGUACAGGACUUGUUCAGCAAUUCCAGGUGCAUUUAUCAUCGUAAAAAUUCCCACACAUGUUUAGACCAAAAUUCCUCAUGCAUUAUCUUUGAUCUGAAUUUGUUCUUUAAUCAUUUUAGAGUGAAACAGUUGCUAAACUCUGUUACAUUGUUUGGUGCUGUUCAAAGCUGUAGUGAGUUGUGAUGAGCAGAAAUUGAUGGAUGCUUGCUUCUUUUCUGAUCUGAUGCUGGUUGUAGUGAAAAUGAGCACUGUGAUCCAUUUUUAACCUUUUUAAAUAAACGUCUCCGUGUUUCAUGCCUGAA